AUGAGGAACCACACGGAGCUGAGUGAGUUCAUUCUGUUGGGAAUCCCACAGACCCAAGGACUAGAGAUUUUGCUCUUUGUCAUCUUCUUAUUUGUUUACUUCAUCACCCUGCUUGGCAAUUUACUCAUCCUGAUAGCAGUGGUUUUCUCUUCUGCCCUUCACACUCCCAUGUACUUCUUCUUGGGAAUCCUAUCAAUGUUUGACAUAUUUUUCCCAUCAGUGACAUGCCCCAAGAUGUUGUUCUAUCUCUCCGGCCAGAGUAAGGCCAUUUCUUACCAGGGUUGUGCUACCCAGCUCUUCUUCUAUCAUUUCCUGGGGUGUGCAGAAAAUUGCCUGCUUUGUGUAAUGUCCUAUGACCGCUUUGUGGCCAUCUGUUACCCCCUGAGGUACAGUCUCAUAAUGAGACCCGGAAUCUGUGUGGGUAUGGUCAUGGGAGCUUGGACACUGGGCUGUGUUCAUGCCUCCAUCCUGACCUCCCUGACAUUUCAGGUGACCUACUGUGGUCCGAAUCAGGUGGACUACUUCUUCUGUGACAUCCCUGCUAUCUUACCUCUGGCCUGCGAUGACAUCUCCCUGCCCCAGACAGUGGGUUCCACCAAUGUGGGCUUCCUGGUUUUGAUGUUUUGGUUCACUGUGUGUGUCUCCUACAUCCGCAUCGGAAUUGCCAUUUUGAGAAUACGCUCGGCAGAGGGCAGGAAGAAAGCCUUCUCCACCUGCAGCGCCCACCUAGCAGCUGUCUUCUGUGCCCUUGGCCCUGUGAUCAUCAUCUAUCUUCAGUCCACACCCAAGCCAUUCCUCGACGCCAUUGUGCAGAUAUUAAAUAACAUUGUCUCUCCCAUGCUCAACUCCUUAAUCUAUUCCUUGAGAAACAGGGAAGUGAAAAGGUCCCUAAAAAGAGUGUUUCAAAGAGUCUUCUUUGUUGGGAAUAGAUAA